UACACAGACUGUCCGCACCCUCUCUUUCUCUCUCUAAAUCUUCUCUCUAAGGCCCCUCUCUCUCUCUACAGGUCAUUGGUGUCAUGUAGCUUUCCGUUUGGGAGUUUGAAUUGUGGGUGCAUCCGACGACCAUGUUUUUUCUUUUUGCCAGCCAUCAAUGCAUACUGGUCCUGGAAUUACUUUUUGAGGAGAGCUGAAAGUUACACCAUCUCCACUUUCUCUCUCAACACUCAAAUACCCAUUUCAUCGAUUCCUCGGCAGAAUGCCUCUCCUAAUUCUCAAGCGUUCGUCUUUUUCGCUCUUCGACCCAGUGAUUCCUCUUCCUUUCGCCAUUAAUGUUUUCCUGAUUUGGUUUUCUCAAUUCCCUUUCUCUCUCUACAAUACACGGGCAUCUCUUGUUACCAUCACCUCCCGAAAUGGGUUCCUCUUUCCUCUUUCUCUUUCUUCAACCCACUUGCUAAAUCUGUUAAUGCUAACCAUCAUCUCUCGAAUUGGGUUUCUCUAUCUUCUUUCUCUCUCUUCAACCCACCUUCUACGUCUGUUUCUAUCACCCAUCAGCUCCCGAAUUGGGUUUCUCUAUCCUCUAUCUCUUAAACGUACCUGCUACGUCUGCUCCUACCACGUUAUGUGAAUUGGGUUUCUCUUUCAUCUUCUUUUCUCAAUUCCUGAAUUUCGAAUUGGGCUCUCUCUCUCUUCCUGAAUUGGGCUCUCUCUCUCUUCAUGAAUUGGGCUCUGCUUCCUCUCAAUUUCAAAUAAGUUUUCUGUUCUCUCUCUCUUUCUGAAUUGAGCUCUGUUUCCUCUUUCUCUCUCAAUUUCAAAUAUGGUUUAUGUUUCCUCUUUCUCUUUCUCUCUCUGAACCACCGCCUUGGCGCCCAUCAUAGGUUUCUCUCUUACGAGAUUAUGGCUGUUGCGAAUUUGAAGGGGGUCCUUGAAUUCUUAAAGCAAAAUGGGUUUAGGGAGGCUGAAUCAGCUGUGAGAGAGGAGCUUCUUCGUAGAGAAAAUGGUGGCUUCUCAGAAUCCAAAGAGUUAACCAAGUUACCUGUUGUGAGGAUCCAUUUGGGCCGAAAAAGCUCUUCUAAAGAUAACGAUAAUCUGCCUUGUAGCUCUGAUUCAGCUGGGUUUCUAAGUACUGGGUCUUCUGCUGAUUUCGGUCCUGCUUGGGAUAUCGUAAGUUCAGAAAAAAGGAACCCAUACAGCUUUUCAGCUAAUCAGGAGGGUCUAUUGGAUAGCUCAUCAGAUGGGGACUCUGAAUUCUGCACCGCUUGUGAUGGGUACGACUCAUUGAGUGACACUUAUACUGAUCCCCUUUGUCCUCUUUGGGAUUCAGAUAGUUUUUAUGAUGAUAAUAGAAUAGUUGGCCUCAAAGAGCCGAUGCCAAAUGAGAACUUUCUUGUUCCCCAAGAUAUUAUGAGCCACCCAAGUGAGGAUAAAUUUGUAACUGUUGAAAAGAUUGAAAGUUCCGAGCCUUGUCGAAAUGAAUGCAAGAAUUCAGCCUCUUCUCUCUCUAAUCACAGAAACCAUACAAGGAUGGCAAUUCACUCUUUGCAUGCCGACUUGGUCGAACCAGAAGCAUGUGAGAAUGGUUUCUUUGGAGAAGGUCUGGAAGACAACUCGAUAAGGGAACACAGAGGUUGGUGUUUCUCUGUUCAUGAUGAAUGUGAAAUGGACCCAGGACUUGACCCUGCUAUUGAAGGAUACAGAUGUUCUGUCCCGCUCUGUGGAUGUUGCAAUGGAAUAGAGGAAAUAUGUGGUGACAUGUCUGAAGUUCUGGAGUAUGACCUCACAGAAAAGGAGUCUGUUAAUGAAGAUUUGGAUAAAAGCCAUGAAGGAAUUGUGGUACCCCCCUUCGAGGACUCAUUGCAGAAGCCAUAUCCAUCUUCGACUGUAAGGAGCUCAAGUACAAGUAGCCAAAAUUCGAAGCGAUCUCUUAGGAAUAUUGUGAAGACGGGAAUUGAUGAUGAGGCCUUCUCUCAAGAAAUGGUGAGAAUGUGUCAUGAUCCUGGUACUAUUGGGGACAUUAUGGAGGAAACUACAGCUGACAUUUUUCAAGAGCCUGGAAAUCCUAGUGAUGAAUAUGAAAUAUUUAAUCUGAGGAUUAUACACCGGAAAAACAGGACUGGAUUUGAAGAGAGCAAAGAUUUCCCCAUUGUUUUGAAUACACUAAUAGCUGGUAGAUAUUAUGUGACUGAGUACCUUGGUUCAGCUGCUUUCAGCAAAGUUGUUCAGGCACAAGAUCUCCAGAGUGGAAUGGAUGUCUGUGUGAAAAUAAUAAAAAAUGACAAGGAUUAUUUUGAUCAAAGUUUGGAUGAAAUUAAACUCCUUAAAUUUGUCAACAAACAUGAUCCUGCUGAUAGAUACCACAUACUGCGGCUGUAUGAUUAUUUUUACUGUCAGGAGCAUCUCUUCAUUGUAUCUGAACUUCUCCGUGCAAAUUUAUUUGAAUUUCAAAAAUUUAAUCUCGAUUCUGGUGAAGACCCUUAUUUUACAUUGCCAAGGCUGCAGGCCAUAACUCGGCAGUGUUUGGAGGCUCUAGAGUUCUUGCAUCAUUUAGGAAUUAUUCAUUGUGAUUUAAAGCCUGAGAACAUUCUUAUGAAAAGUUAUAGCAGAUGCGAGGUGAAAGUGAUCGAUCUGGGGAGCAGUUGCUUUGAAACAGACAACUUGUGCUUGUAUGUGCAGUCUCGUUCCUAUCGGGCUCCUGAGGUUAUCCUAGGCGUUCCAUAUGAUCAGAAGAUUGACUUAUGGUCACUUGGUUGUAUAUUGGCAGAGCUUUCCUCGGGAGAUGUGCUUUUUCCGAAUGAUUCACUGGUGAUGAUUCUUGCACGCAUGAUCGGAAUGCUUGGUCCUAUAGAUAUGGAAAUGCUUGAAAUGGGGCAGGAGACGCACAAGUACUUUACAAAGAACUAUAAUUUGUAUCAUAAGAAUGAGGAGACGAAUCAAUUGGAGCACAUAAUCCCUGUAGAGUCCUUACUUUCAGACCACCUGGUCGUUGCUGAUGACCAAUUCAUUGAAUUCAUCAGUGAGUUGCUUCAAGUUAAUCCACAGAGACGGCCCACUGCAAGAGAAGCAUUAGAGCACCCUUGGCUGUCUUGCUUUUAUGGACCUGUGUCUUAUUGAGAGAGAGAGAGAGAGAGAGAGAGAUCCCUUAGGAAUGAGGGAUUUUCUUUACUGUAUUAAUUAGUAGGUUUACAAAUUGUCAUAACAUCUCUAUUUUUUUUUUCCUUCUUUUUAACAUUGAAAGGGAAAGUGUAAGAAUUACAGAGUUGUGUUCUUGAGUAGUGUAUAGCAGGGGUUCUACGUGUGAGUUGUUUGAGCUGCAAUUUUCGGGGCAUUUAUAUUGGUUUUUUCUGAUUCAAACUUUUUUCCUGUUGUAUAAAUGAAAUUUGAGAAAUUUGAAAGUGCAUCUUA